GCAGCACAUCACUGUGAUAAAAAAUUUGAGAGAUAAUAGUUCAUAUAACUGAACGAGUUAGCACUCUAACAUUUUCGUGUCAAUUGUAAUAUAUCACAAAUGAACAGAAAAAGUGGACGCAUUGCAAUUUUAUAUAUUAUUUUAAUAAUGCUGUCUAUAUGUGGCGAUUCCAACACACAAAGAAGUGUUGGUGGACGUGGAGUUUUAAGAAGGAACUACACUGGUAAAAAGCCCGUUUUAAUACAACAUCGCACCCCGGAUGCUGUCAACUAUUAUGAUCACGAAAAUGGUGCCAAAAUUAUAAAGUCUUCUCAUUUUGAACUGGAUUAUACACUUGGACGUAAGAUUACUUUCUUUUGUAUGGCACAAGGAAAUCCAAGACCCACAAUUACCUGGUUUAAGGAUGGAGCUGAAUUAUAUCAACAUCGUUUUUUUCAGGUAUUAUUAACAUAUACUGGCAUAAGAGAUAUUGCAGCAGCUUCACUCACAGUUGCAUUUGCUGAUGAAUGCGAUGUUGAUGUUGAUGCUGAUGCUGAUGUUGAUGAUGAUGGCAAUAAUGAUAAAUGGUUAGUUGGUUGA